CCUCAACCACCGCCGUCUCGCCUCCAAUGCGCCCGUCAAUCUAGCUUCAGACUAGUGGAAACAGCCAUGCUAGAGGCCUGAUUCGAAAACAUCUUCGGUCACCCUAUUCAACCCCACCCACACACCAUACACCGUACCCAAGACAAGGCACCGAGCAAGACUUAGCCAAUUUUGCACCAUGUUCGAGGACGACUUUUAUCGCAGCUCGUCCCAGUACCGGCACUGGUCAUUUACGGAAACCUCGCUGCAAAAGUUACGAGCUACAACCAAUGCCCAAGCCAGCGAUCGAGUAAGGGCAGCACUGCGACGGGCACGCGAAGCCCGACAGUCCGCCAACUCGUCCGCAGCAGGAACCCCGACCCCGACCCAAGCUGGCAGCGACGCAGAUAGCAAGGCGGGCGGUGCGGAUGAAAAGGAAAUUGAGUGUCUGACGCCGGAGGAGGAGCUCCAGCUGGUCAAGUACUACUGCGAACAGGUCAUUCUCGUGGGAGAAAGCUACAAGCCGCCCUUGCCGACAAUCGUGCGGGCCACAGCCAUCCAGUACCUCCGCCGCUUCUACCUCACCAAUUCGCCCAUGACCUACCAUCCCAAGAACAUCAUGCCGUGCGCCGUCUUCCUAGCCACCAAAACAGACAACUGCUACAUCUCGCUGCGCCACUUCGCCGAGGGCGUCCCCGGCGACACAACCGCAGAAGACAUCAUCGCCCCGGAGUUCGUCCUCAUGCAGAGCCUCCGCUUCAACUUCGACGUGCGUCACCCCUUCCGCGGGCUCGAAGGCGGCAUCAUGGAACUGCAAUCCAUCGCCCAAGGCACCGGCCAACCGGCACCACACGUCCCCCACCAAACCUCCGACACCCUCCGUCGCGACCUCCUCGCCGUACCACCCGCCCCUGGCGCCUCAUCAUCGUCAUCAUCUAUCACCGACCGUCUAGGCCGCGCACACACCACCACCCGAGACCUCCUCAAAACAGCCGCCCAAAUGACAGACGCCUACUUCCUCUACACGCCCUCCCAAAUCUGGCUCUCAGCAUUCUCCCUCGCCGACCGGCCCCUCGCCGAAUUCUACCUCAACACAAAACUCGGCCCCCCAACCGCCGAUGACGACAAGAACAACCCUCUCGCCGAGCUCCGCUCCAAAAUCUACCGCACCCUCACAAACUGCACCUCCCUCCUCCAAUCUUACAAUUCCCUCGCCGAAGACCCCUCCCAAAAGGCAACCGCCCGCCGCAUCAGCAAAAAGCUCUACCACUGCCAGAACCCCGAAAAGGCAAACAACAUCACGUCUGCCGGGCAGAAGCGCAUCCCUGCCGCGGCCGCGGCGGCAGCCGCCGCAGCAGCAGGUGGUGGUGGGGACGGCGCAACGCCCGAAAGCGACAUGGAGCGGAUGGCGAAGAAGCGGAAACUCGAGCGUGAGCAGAGGGAGAAGGAAGGGCGGGAUCUCUUUGGUGGGGAGUUGGUUGCGCAGCGGACGAAGGAUUAG